AUGCGAGCGGCUUGUCCUCGCUCCGUCGUCCCCGUUUCCCCCACUUGGAGCCGAAGCGUGGCACUUUGCAUCACAGCACUGGGACACUUCCUGCCAUCAGCCAUCUGCGUUGCAGUCGGCGAGUUUCGUCCGACCCUUGGCGCUGGCCUCGGUGGCACGGGCCUUGGCGGUAUGGGCGGUCUUGGAGCCGCGGCUCCCGCGCUCGGCGGUGGAGCUGCUGGACUUCCCCGACUCGGUGCCCUGCCCGGCGCUGCUGCUCCGAUUGGUGGGGGUCUUGGUGGACUUGCACCGAUCGGUGGUCUGGCACCCGCUGGAGGCCUUGGAGGCCUUGGAGCACCUCGACCUGCUGUUGCUGGUGCUGGUGUCGGCGGGCUGGGCGGCUUGGGAGGCUUGGGAGGCUUGGGUGCGCAACCACUCGGCGGCGGCCUCGGCCUCGGUCAACAGAGCGCCAUGUUGGGAGGCCUGGGAGCUGCGCCUGCUGCAGCGGCAGUGGCGCCCGCAGCACCUCCUCUGCCCCCGCCGCUUGUGAUCACCUCCACCUUGACGAACGCUUCCUAUUCUGCGUCAGGUGCAGCGGCGGCCGCCGCCCUCGCAUCCUCAUUCCGACAGCUGGCUGCCACUGUCGACGAGUGCGUACUGCAGGGCACCCCGGCAGCUGCACGCAAGCUCGAAGCAUUGCUCAUGCAGCACCGCCCGUCCUUCAUCAACCUGCUCAAGAACCCUGCCAAAAACCCCGCCGAUCGGCAACGCGUCGAGAAGGGCGAGGCAGUGUUGCGAGGCGAAAGCCGCCGUCUCUCGCCAGACUUUGUCAAGCAGGCGCUCAAGCUGAGCGACCUCCUGCUGUUGAACGAAAUCGUCUGCGCCGAGUUUCUGCAGGACGGCGUCGAGCAGCAGGACCAGUUUGGCCACGAUCCAGUUGUUGCAGCGGUGCACUUGUACCACCUUGAGCGUCGCUUUUUGCUUGGCUCGCUUCUCCAGUUGAUCAAGGCCCGCAUGGCCUCCGAGGUGAGCGAGCAGCUCAUCGCCGUCGUUCGCCGUUUCGUGGACACGCUGGUUGAGACGGACAGCGUGCGCAUCACCAUCAUUACUCUGAUCGGCUCGCUGGAAUCGACCAUGAGUGCGCUGCCCUACCCCGCCAUCCAAACAUCCUACAUGCGCGAGGAGCGCAAAACGCUGGCAGAGUGUCUGUUUUACAUGGCCUAUCAGUCCUCGUUCAACGCGAGCGAAUCGCUCAAGCUUCUUGCCUUGCUUCGCACCUCCGCGUCAAACCAAGAGCUGCAUCACCAACAGCAACAGCAACAGCAGCAGCAACAGUUGUUGCAGCUCCAACAAGACUCGAGCGCCAGCGCUGCCAGCGCCAGUAGUGGUGCUUCUUCGAUCAACAAGUCCGAUCGCAGCGAACUUCGUGACGUUCCAAACCAAGUCACUGCCACGCUGCUCAUGACCGCCCUGGCGGUUCUCGACGUCCUUCGCACGGACGCCGGUGAGUGGGACAGUGGUGCAGUCACCAGCCCGGCCCCGCGCGUCGCAUCUGCUGUGAUUGCUGGCGGCGCCGUCGGCCUGGCCAACAACUCUGACUUUAUCCGUCAAUUCGACCAAGAGCUGUCACGCAGCCAGGCUUCUUCUGCGGCAUCCAGCUCGAGCUCUGCGGCCAUCGUCCUGAGCACUCCAGCUACGCUCGAUGCCCCGCUUCCCGCAACAGGCCCUGCGUUGAACUCUGUGCUGUAUCUCGCGUGGUCCCUCUUUUUGCACAAUGCGCCCGCGGCUGCCACAGCCUUCACAAACGCGGACAACGAUGUCGACACCCAAAUUUCGCGGUACUUUGGCGCAGCGUUGGAGCAAGGCGCCUUCUUUUACCUGCAUUCCAAGCUCAUGGCGUCCCACAGCUUUUCGCUGCGGGAUGAGAAUCGCGAGUUUUUCGUGUCCAAGCUCGACGAGUUUAUCUGUUCCAUCUUUGAGUCCAUGCGCCCGCGCAUCGAAGAGCUGCGCAGCAUCUGUGACGACGACUUUGCCCGGAUGCGCAACUGCUUCACCGAGGAGGACUUGCUCGAGGCACAGGUGCGUCAGCUCCAAGACCAAAUAGCCGAGCUCUCGGCUGACAUUGGCGCCUCGUUCACGCUCAAUUCUGGGCGCGGCGGAGCCAAUUAUGGCCGCGGCAAUUCGGACAAUCGCAACCUCUUCAACUGGGGCACUGGUGCCGGCGCGGGCGGUUACUUUGACGCGACGACGGCGUUUUACGGCUCGAGCGCGCGCGCAAACAAUGAGCAGCAACACCUUCAGUACUUGCAACAGCAACUGCAGGAGCACAUUGAACGGCGCGAUGCGGUGAUUGAACAGCGCAAGCGCGCUCUCGAUCAGGCGGGUCACACACCGUUUGACGAUUUUCUGCGUUUUGUCGCCGCAACCUACCGUGGCCAGCCCGAGCUGUGCCUCAAGUUCUGGGAUAUCGCCUCCGUCUCUGGCUCGCUCAAUCUCCCCCAUUUCAUCCACGUGACUGCAGAGGCGCCCGUGUCGUAUCUGGCCGCCUUCCUCGAACUGCUGGUUGCACUUUCGUCUGGCAUGCAGGCCGCGAACGCCACGUUCAGCUUCUUGAGCGGCUCCAGCAACAGCCAGCUCCACGGACUGGGCGUCUCCUCGGGCGCCAGCCGCAUCUUGUCCUGGUCGUCCCUCUUUAUCAACUUGAAAAAGUACGUGGACGAGCUCGCCGCGAACCCGACUGGCGAGAUGGCUCCGUACGAGCUCGAUACAACCGUGUCGACGCUGCGUCUCAUCCGCCAGGUCGUCAGUGCCAGCCCUUCUGCCUUCAGCUCGCUCAACAAACCCGAGUAUGUGUCCGACGCUCUCUUUGGCCUGCUCGGGUCCCGUGUCCCGGCCAAACUCAAGGCCGAGAUUGUGUACGCCCUGGCAGCAUUCGUCAACAGCACCUCUUCCGCCGACGACAUGUGGCUCCUGUUGAGCAAACACAGCGUUCUGAACGGCUCCCGACAGGCGAACGGUGAUCGCAACGUGGAUAUUGCAGGGGAUGCAGCCGCUGGCAGUGGUGUGUCCGCUUCUGGCGCGAGCGCUCUUGUUGCUGGUGGUGCUGCCGCGGGACCGAGCGCCAUUCGAUUGGCUGGCUUUGUCGAAGGUGGCAUCCGCUACGAACUCGAGCAAAUCGAGGCCAACGAGCGCGUUUACACGUACACGCUUGCCUUCCUGUACUUGCUCAACCGUUUGGUCGACUAUUCGAGUCCCAUGCUGCUCGGACCCUACGUGGGCUUCCUUCGCGAUCGCGUGUUUUUGCGAUUCAACACACGCGCGUACCUCUGCCCGAAGCAAAAGUGGCAAAUGGCUUCUGCUUGUCUGCGUCUCUUCCUCUUGGCCAUCGAAGCGUACACGCCGACCGUCCAAGAUUUGGAGAGCAGCUCGGGCGAGAUGCCGACGCCGAGCUUGUCCAAUCUGUCCAUUAGCAGCCGCGGACAAGCCAACGACGGCACCAGCCUGUCUGUCGUCAAUCCAGGGCUCGAUUUGCUCGUCACGCUGCUGAACAGCUCCGAGCUGGCGCGCAAGGUCGUGUGGAUUGUCGACCAGGGCAUGUCUGCCUUGAACGAGGACUUUGAUCGCUCUGCCAGCUCGUCGGAUCCGCAAUUGGCAGAGUCCAGCCGGGCUUUUGAAGAAGCAAUGCUCUGGUCUUUGCGGCUGCUCGAGCAAGUUUUCCAAGCGCAGGGCUCCCUCAUCGAGAAGAUCCGCCUCUCGAAUACCAGCAUCACCGUGUCGUCGCUCGACCGCCUGCUCCUCACGAUGCAUUCUGACGCCUCGCGACUGCCGACCACGCACGCCAUCCAAAUCGCCAAACUGACGGGCUACCACCGUCGUCCCGAAAUCUGCUAUCGCGCGACGCGUCUGCUGCACUGGCUCGGUCAGGUCGCCACGGCACGCGUGACGCUUGUGCACCUCAUCCAACAGUCCGGUGAACUGGGCAACAUUUUGCAAGGCCUUCGCCAACGUCUGGCCGAAGACGAAUCCGAGGAAGAGGAGCUGGAGCGCUGGCUGCCCGUGACUCAAGGCGACUUGGUGAUGGCGUCGGCCGACCAACAGCUCUCGGCCAAGGAUGGGUUUGAUGCCACAUCGAGCGCUGAUGUCGACACACACGUCGAUGCCAUUGCCCAGCUUGCGUCCAACGCCCUCGUGUCGCCCGCGAGCUCUGAGUUUAUUCGCCGAGAAUGGGCACCUGUCGAGUCGCUCCUGCUGGGCGCAGCUCGUUCGCCCCUUCACCGUGACGAGCGUUUGCAUGACGCGCGCAUGAGCAACGCGACGCGCCAAGGCAUUCUCGCCCUGUUGCUGGACUGUCUUCAGACGCAGCCUGCGCCAAACCUUGCUCACCUGCUGCUUGGCUUUGAGGUCUCGCGCCCCGUGCCUACAUCCACGCUGCAAGACCCCAACACGCCGCACGCCAUGCUGACCUGCUUCCACGCAGUGAUUGACAUUCUCGAUGCUGGCCUGGUGUCACGUUACGGAUCGGACGUGAUGCGAUUCCACCCUCGUCUUGGAGAGCUUUGCUACCAGCUCAUCCACGAGCUUUGCGUCAACCGCCUCACCACUGGCCCUACGAUGCGCUUCCUUCGCAACCACAAUGACUUUUUCUACCGCCACGUCAAGUACCUGCCGGCGCGUGGGCGACCCGAUUCGGCCAUCCGUCGUGGUGUUGUGCCCGCCUCUGCUCCUCUCGGGCGCAGCUACUCUGACCUGUGCUCCUUGCACCAGCGCUCGUGGUUGCUCCGCACUCUGGCGAUCGAAAUCCACAUCACCGCCCAGAGUGGCCAGCGAUCGCACACGCAGCGCCUCCUCCAGCUGCUGUUUAGCGAGAAUGCGUGGUCGUCCUCCGGGCUCGACACGGAUGACGCAACGGACGAGUAUGCUCUCGAGGACGAUCGGAUGGACGGCGACUAUGACGACGACGCAUCCGAGUUUUCUGCAGGUGCAGGUGGUUCGGAUAUUGGCUUUGGCUAUGCUAGUCGUGUGUACGGUGACUACCACAGCAAUGGCGGCAGCACGUACUUUGAGUCCGACGACAGCCUGUACCAAUCCGGCGUGGACAAUGACUCGCUUGCUGCGGCAAACGACAUGGCUGCCUGGCGCGGCCGAGCGCGACCGAACGGACGACGCACCGGCGCUACCAAGAAACAGCGCAUGGAGCAAUCGCGCAUCCGCAUGCUCGAGAUCCUGGACACCAUCGACCUCACCUUUACCGAGCCCGAAAUGCCGGCCCUCCCGAGCCUGCCCGCCGUGAUUCAGUUGGAGGAGUUUGAGAUGCUGAACGAGCGGGAUGUCCGCGUCAUCGAUCUCAAGCACCUGUACACCUUCCUCCGACAGGUUACUGGCGCCGACGACGGGUUCCAAGUCAGCCACAGCGUGACCCACGACAUUCACAAUGUCCUGUUCUGGUGCCUGCAUCGCAAUCAGUCCCGCGAGCUCUUCCAUGGCAAGGCGCGUCUGCUGGAAGCGUGGCGCCAUGUUGUGGAAAUUUCCCUGACCAGCACGUUCGAGCUCUUUUUCGAGCUCGAGACCAAGGCGGACGUCCUGUACGAGCUCGUGCUCAUGCUUCUUCCAAAGAUUAGCGCUCCCGACUGCGCCAUUCCCCUUGCCUCGUCGAUGGCGGGCGUUGCGCUCACGUUGCUCACGCGAUUGCGUCAGCACAGUGCCGCCCGCAUUGCCCUCGGCUUGGACGCGCUCUCGCUGGGCGGCGCUUCUGCCUCCAACAGCGAAGCGCUCUUGUCCAACCUGUCGAGCAUUGUCUCGACUGCCUCCACCUCCCGUUUGCCGGUGGACCAGCUGCACGCCAUUCUUCGCGGGCUGCUUGCGGGUAUUCUGCGGGCUGGGUCCUCCAAGCCGAUGCGUGGCAACCUGUAUGGCGCCCUGUUGAAUUACAUCCAGCUGGCGCAGCCUACCGGAGGCAUGGUGACCUCGCCCUUCCAGGCUGCCUCCAACAGCAUUGCACUCUCGUCGUGGCUCCCGCGCCAGCAGCGCGGCGAUGGCAUGCUGGGCUCUGCCGCAGUCGGCACUGACGGUCUGGGCACCCAGCAGCGUGCACUGAUCCAGGGCAAUGCCGACAUUUUUGCCAGCCACGGCGAAGUGUUUGUGCGCACGCUUUGCAGCGAUGCCCGCGAUGGCCCAGAAGUCUGGAAGUCCAUGGCGUUUGCCAUCCUUGACACGCUUGUGGGCAGCGACCGCUUCAACAACAAGUGGAUGAUGUACGUGACUGAGCGCGGGUUUUUGAAGCAAGUUGUGGCAGACCUUGCGCUUGAGGACGUGCCGCUGCGAGAAAUGCUGGUGGAAAACCCAGCAUCGCUCAACCCGCUCUUCGUCUACGAGUCCAAGAUGGCCUUCCUGCUGCGAAUCGCCAGCCAAGGCCGCGAUGGCGCCGAGCGUCUGCUUCAGUUCCGUCUGCUGCCAAUCCUGGGCGACUGCGGAUUCAUUGACGCUCGCCCUGAUGGUGGUGCGACGGCCAGCGGCUCGGGCAACGGCAACGGCACGCGCGUGCUUUCUGCCAUGCUCGCGGACGACAUGGAGGCGGAUGGCGCUUUCGUGCCGACCUCCCUCGAGCGGUACCAUCGAUUGGUCUUGCCCGUGCUUCGUGUGGUUCUUAGCGUGCUCUCGUCCUGCCCGCACCACCUCGAUGCCGCGCGUCAAGCGCUUGCCUUCAUCAACCGCCACGCAGAGACGUUCACCACAAUUCUUCGCGACAGGCUGCCUCGCCUCACGCUUGCUGCGCUCGAGGAGCUGUCGUUAGUGACGGCCAUUUUUGCGCAGGUUGCCGAGCACGACAGCCUGAUUCAGGAUUCUCUGCAGGCGCGUGCUUCGCGCUUCCAUCAGCUCAUCAUCGACCUUCUGCCGCGAUUCAUGCCGGCCCUGAUUGUUGCGGCUGGCAGCAAGGUUGCGACCAGCUCGGCGCACUCCAACACGCUCGCCGCAUCGUUGACUGUUGGCCCCCCAACAACCUUUAUUGCUACCAGUGGCGACAGCAGCCUCAGCGCACGAGAAUGGUGGGCCACUCGCGCCGUCGAGUUUUCGCAAGCCGAGCAGCGUGCCGCGCGUGUGGCUGCCGAGCAGAUCUGCGCCAACCUUGUCAGCUACUGUCAUGCUUUGACCCUGUCUGACAGUCGAGGCAACGUCAGUGCGCACCAGCCGACAUUGGGCUUGAUGACCCACUUUUUGCAAUCGUGCGUCGUUUCGCUGCUUCAAGUCGCCGAUCACCACAAGCGGAUGCUGUAUCGCGCUUCCCACGUUUCCGAACUCAGUAGCGAGGAAGUUUCUCAGCUUGCGGCAGACUCUGGCAUCCCAUUCACCAGCGACAUUUCCACCUCCCAACGCCAGGAUUUGGCGCGUGUUCGCUUGAUGCAGACGGCCGCAGAGGACGCCAACAUGAUUAAUUCUUUGUUAUACAUUAUUGAAAACACCGUGUUCUUGCUGUGGCAACACCUCGAAUACUUUUUGGUGCAUUUCAAGCCGCUGGGUCAGCUUGCUGUGGUGACGCGACCAGGCGCAUUUACAGAUAACACACUGUCAUCUCCUGCUCGCAACGGCGCGGACGCGUCCAGCGACGCGCUUGGGUUUGCACUGCAGUCGGCGUCUGUCGCAAAUCUCACUGCUCACGACAUUGAGCAGCUGCAGCAAGAUGCGCUCACUGCGCUGCGAGAUGUUCUUACUCAGAUUUCCAGCAUCAGCGAGGCUCAGCUCGAGUUCAAGCCGAGCACAUCUUUCACGUUUGCUCACUCCAUCGUCCGUCGGCUUCGUGAUUUGCUUGUUCUUGGCGGCAAGCAAUAA